GCGGCGCUUUCAGAGGCUUUUGUGCGGCCGAGCCAGUGGCAUUUUGGUGUGGAAGAUGAUACACAACACAGGUACCUUUUUCGCUGGCUGCAGACUAGCGGGUGAAAACGUAUGACAGAAGUUUGAGGUUUGUGUCUGCUUCCCCAAAGUCAAGAAAUUAUCUCCUUAGAAGGCAACAAUACUAUGCAUGUUAUGAAUUGCGUCUCCUUGGUCAGUGAUAAAGAAAAUGGGACUAUCGCCACAGCAGCUGGCUUCAUGAUUGAGGAAACGCCGCCGCCCACUCCUCCUCCUCCACCUCCCCCUCCACCUCCGCCAUGCCCAGCAUACUCGGCCGAAGGGUUUCCUCCCUCUCCCCCGCCUCUUCCCCAUCAUCCACUCCCCGAGGGGGCUCCGGGGCCUCCUCCCCCUCCCGAACUGCCCCCAACUUCUCAUGUGAACGGCUACAGCCACCUCGGUAAGAAAAAGCGAAUGAGAAGCUUUUUUUGGAAAACCAUUCCAGAGGAGCAAGUACGCGGCAAAACCAACAUCUGGACCCUGGCAGCCAAGCAGCAGCAUCACUACCAGAUCGAUGCGAAGACUGUCGAGGAGCUCUUCGGGCAGCAGGAAGAUGCCACCAAGCCUUCCCUCUCCCGGAGAGGGGGACCUUUAAAUUCGUCCUUCAGGGAGGCGAGAGAGGAGAUUACUGUCUUGGAUGCAAAACGGAGCAUGAACAUUGGGAUAUUCCUUAAGCAAUUUAAGAAGUCUCCUCAGUCCAUUGUAGAAGAUAUUCAUCAAGGAAAGAGUGAGCAUUAUGGAUCAGAGACAUUGCGAGAAUUUCUUAAACUUUUGCCAGAGUCAGAGGAGAUAAAGAAAUUAAAAACAUUUAGUGGCGACGUGUCCAAGCUGUCACUGGCGGACUCCUUUCUGCACUACUUAAUUCAGGUGCCAAACUAUUCGCUUCGGAUUGAAGCCAUGGUGCUAAAGAAAGAGUUUUUACCCUCUUGUUCUUCUCUGUAUAAGGAUAUAACAAUUCUAAGAACUGCUAUAAAAGAGCUAAUGUCUUGUGAGGAGCUACAUUCGAUAUUACACUUGGUGCUACAAGCAGGAAAUAUCAUGAAUGCAGGAGGGUAUGCUGGCAACGCAGUUGGAUUUAAACUGUCUUCUUUGCUCAAAUUGGCAGACACAAAAGCAAACAAACCUGGGAUGAACCUUUUGCAUUUUGUUGCCCAGGAAGCCCAAAAGAAUGAUGAUGGUCUUCUCCACUUUUCUGAAAAAUUACACCAUGUUCAGGAGGCUGCUAGAUUAUCUCUGGAUAACACGGAGGCAGAACUGCACUCGCUCUUUGUUAGGACAAGAUCUCUGAAGGAAAACAUCCGGCGGGAUGAUGAACUCUGUCAGCAGAUGCAAGAUUUCCUUCAGUUUGCGGUGGAAAAGCUGACCGAACUGGAGAGCUGCAAACAAGAGCUCCAGGAGGAGGCCCACACCCUUAUAGAUUUUUUCUGCGAAGACAAAGAAACCAUGAAACUGGAUGAAUGCCUUCAGAUAUUUCGAGACUUUUGCAUCAAAUUCAGCAAAGCGGUCAAGGACAACCACAACCGGCAGGUGCAGGAGCUGAGGCAGCUGCGGCGGCUGAAGGAGAUGGAGCAGAAGCGGCGUUCCUGGGCGGCUGGGGAUCUCGCGGGAUUCGGCCGCAGCAGCAGUGAGAAUGACGUGGAGAUGCUGAUCAAGAAGGGUGCAGAGGACCUGCCCACUUUCCUGCAACGCAGGCCCGUCAGCCCCUCGUACCGACCCCCCAACACCCGCCGCUCCCGCCUCUCCCUGGGCACCGCUGCUGACCGGGAGCUGCUGACCUUCCUGGAGAGCUCCACAGGCAGCCCCGAGGACCCCAACAAGUUCCACAGCUUGCCCUGGAACAGCCCCCGGCAGGCCCGGCCCACGGUGGCCUGGAUGGAGUCUAGGGAGCCAAGGGGCCGAGACUCCAAGGACACACACAGACCUCAGGCCUCGGAUGGCCAGGGGGGAGCCCCCGACCCACCCUCGGCUCUGUGCAGCCAGCUCCUAGCGCAGCCAGCGGAGGAACCUGCUCCAGUUUUGCUCCGACCGCGGCGCAGCAGACUCAGCGUGCCCCAAAAGAGGAACAGCGAGCCUGUGACCCUGGCAUCCACCUGGUCCCCUCCACUCUCGCCGCUGACUCUGGGAAUCAAGGAGCAUGAGCUGGUGACUGGGCUGGCCCAGUUCGAUGUCCAGGUUCCGAAGGACCCAGAGGAGACACCCCAGCUCAACCUGUCCGACCUCAGCCCGGUGGAGCUGGUGCCUCCGGAGGAUGGGAGCCCGCAGCCCCUUGGCUCUGGCACUGGCAAUGGUAGCCUGACGCCUGUGGGUACAGGUGCCCAAGAGGGUCUCAGCCCAGCCCUGGAGGGUGACGGGACUGCCUCGGAUGAGCCCCACAUCAACCCUGAGAACAAAGACCCUGGGCCUCUGUCCUGCAUCUCCGAUGUCACCGAUUGCUCGCUGACCUUGGACUGCUCAGAGGAAACUGACUCCAGGCCCGGCGGUGGGGAGGCCGGGGAGAGGGGCGAGGAGGAUGGCUCUUUGUCCUCUGGGGUGGGGGAGACGAGUGGUAGCCAAGUGUCCUCUAACCCUGUCUCCAGCCCCCCUGGGGAGACCCCUGUUUCUGCCUCUGCAAAGAGCGGGCCCAGCUGCAAGGGUGGCCUUUCCAGGGACAGACCCUCUAAAGGGAAGGAUGGGAUAGCACCAAAGAGAAACUCCCUCAAAGAGGGGUCCCAGGGAACCUCCAAGCCUGGGACUGUCCCACGAGGCCAGGGGGCAGCGUCCAAGCCCGUGCGGACCCUGACGUCCUCGGAGAGUGAGAGCAUGCGCAAAGUUGUGCCCAUCUCCAGGGCCAGCAGGGGCUCCGCGGGCCUGAAGCAGCCCCCCCGGGACCCCUCCAGCAGCACUGACGCGCCGUGGUCCCGCCGGAACUCUGUCAAGGGCACCUCGGACACGUCACCCAAGAGGUCCUCGAAGGGGCCUGGGGAGGUGGCCGAGGAGCAGAAGCCCCCGCGAGCAAGGCUGGGCUCCGGCAGCACCCGGCCGGGGAAGGAGCCUGCCCUGCAGCCCAAGGGCUCCCUCAAGAAGCCCAGCGCCAAGCCCCUCCGGAACGUCCCCCGACAGAAGUCCGAGGAAAAUAAGAUCUGCCGCUCCAGCUCCCCCGGCCCCCAGAGCCCAGAAGAAGAGCCCAAACCCCCUCCACCGGCCCCCAGCGCCCCCCGGGGCCAACCCCACGUGCCGAGCUUUGCCCGAAACACAGUGGCCUCCUCAUCCCGGUGCAUUAAAACAGAUCCUCUUCCUGUGAACAAAGCCCCCGGCCUCAUUCGGGCGGCCUCCCAGCGGCAGCUGAGGGUGAAGGGUGGCUCUGAGGACGCGGGCCUCAAGGAGGGUGGCACCCUGCGGCGGGCCAGCAGCACCCGGGCUCCCAAAAAGUGCCCAGAGUCUCCUGAGAGUCCCGGUGCCAACCUAGAGGCCUCUCUGAAGGGCAGAGGGACUGGGGAAAGGGCCUCCUUCAGACAGAAAGACUCCGGUCGGACCACACUGGGGAAAAUCCUUAAUCCCUUGUGGAAGUGAUGGGUGCCAGUCUUCUCACUUCCUGGGGAUACGAUGAGG